AUGGAGCUCGACACCCGUCCAGAUGCUACCGCUUUGCUCUCAGCAACGAAUGGUGUCUUCCAAACUGGCGGAGUUCUUGGGACUUUGUUCCUACCAUUCUUUCAAGACAAAUUUGGCCGAAAAGGUGGUCUCGCGAUUAGUGCGAUACUCUGUCUAGUCUCUGGCGCUGUACUCGCUGGAAGCGUGAAUAUGAGCAUGUUUCUCGCCUUCCGUUUCAUCGCCGGAGCGGGCGCAUUCAUGAUUCUUGCCGCAGUUCCUGUGUGGAUGGCUGAAGUCGUCCCACCCUACCUUAGAGGUGCCCUUGUGCAGCUACACGCCGUCGUUCUCGUGGUCGGUUACAUGUGUGCCUCCUGGCUUGGCUUUGGUAUUUACCACUGGAAGGAUGGCGGGGAUGCCACGUGGAGGAUCCCAUUUGCUAUUCAAUGCUUCUUUCCACUCUGUCUACUCAUUGGACUGUACUGGUGUCCUGAAAGCCCCCGCUGGCUCAUUCUUAAAGGAAGAAAUGAUGAAGCCCGAGAGCUCCUACUACGUCUACACGAUGAUCCGGAUGAUCCAAGCCAUACAUUUGCUCGUACGGAAUAUCUCCAAAUCACCAAACAGCUCGAAAUCGACCGUACCUUGCCAAGUAGCUGGUUACAUAUCAUGAAGAAGCCAUCCCUGCGCAAAAGGGCUCUUAUUACGAUGGGAACGACCGGCUUUAUUCAGUGCUCUGGUAUUUUGGUUGUCAACAAUUACGGUCCGUUGUUAUACAAAAACCUUGGCUACGAUACAGCUACGCAGCUAUUGUAUGGCGCUGGGUGGCUCACUUUUGCCCUCGGACUCGACUUAAUUGCCUGUUUCCUCAACGAUCACUUCCCACGCAACAAAUUUCUGGCAAUCGGUGUGCUCGGAUGCAUGAUAGAUUUGUCUGUCGUUGCGGGAAUUGAUGCCAAUGUCCACAAGUUCAUCGCUGAUGGCAAUACGAACGCUCUUCGUGCAGGUGUUGCCUUCCUAUUCCUUAUUGAGGUCCCCUACGACUUCUUCUUGAACGGAAUGCAGUUCAUUUACAUUAGCGAGAUUUGGCCUAUGCAUCUUCGUGCUAAGGGAAUGAGUUUGGGAGUCGCCAUGAUCUCAUUGAUGAACAUUGUUUGGCUGCAAUCUGCGCCGACGGCGUUCCAAAAGAUCGGAUGGUAUUUCUAUCUAUUUUUCAUUAUCCCUGGUACAAUUGGUGCGGUCAUAAUGUGGUUCUUCUUUCCAGAUACCCUUGGGCUCCCUCUGGAAGAAGUAGCAGCAAUUUUCGGCGAUCACGAGGAGGUUGCAGGGUAUAUGCGGGACAUUCAUAUCACCGAUGAUGAAAUCGACAAUAUAGAUGGUUUUGGAUCAAAGACAGGGGGUGAGAAGAGCAGGAUUGGUACCCAGGCAGUGGAAAAUGCGGCUUAG